CCUCUCGCUUCGCCUCUUCCUCUCUGAUAGCAUUCACAGACUGGCGCUAAGACCAACACGACGCAGAAGACCAUCAAAGUGGAAAGUUAGCUAGCUACAAUGUUGCUGAUGGUUGGUUGGUUUGUUGGUUGUCUAGUCACGAUUUUUGUGGCGCAGGCAGCGGAGCCAUACUGAACCAUAUUUGGCGGAGCAUCCCUCUCUGAUCUUGGUGCCAUGGUUUACAUUUCCAGACUAACCAGCUCACUGCUUCAGCAUGGAUCCCAUCUGAUCUAGCUAGCUACAGAGGAACAAAUGCAACAUCGCAAACAGAUCCCAGAGCGUGGAAUAACAGAAGGAACAGCACUUCGUUCCACCCUGCCUCUGUUCACCCGGGGAGGAGGGGCCGGUGGGGGCCCUAUGGUAGUGAAUAGAAAUGUUCACUACAACAUAGUGGUGAAGAUGGAAAAUGGAGACUGGGGAUAUAUGAUGACUGACCCUGUGACCCUCAACGUGGGUGGCUGUCUGUACUCCACGUCCCUGUCCACCCUGCAGCGCUACCCUGACUCCAUGCUAGGGGCCAUGUCUGGGGACUUCCCCACCACCCUCGAUGCUCAGGGACACUACUUCAUCGACCGAGACGGACCCCUGUUCCGCUACGUCCUGAACUUCCUCCGCACCUCGGAGCUCACCCUGCCCUGCGACUUCACAGAGAUGGAUCUGCUGCGGAAGGAGGCGGACUUCUACCAGAUCGAGCCGUUGAUCCAGUCUCUCACCGACACCAAACCUCUCUACCCCCUGGACACCUUCGAGGAGCUGGUGGAGCUCUCGUCAACCAGGAAACUGUCCAAGUACUCCAACCCUGUUGCCGUCAUCAUCACCCAGCUCACCAUCACCACCAAAGUCCACUCCCUACUGGAGGGGGUCUCUAACAGCUUCACCAAGUGGAUCAAACACAUGAUGGAUUCCAGGGACUUCCAGGUGUCCUUCACCUUUGGUCCGUGUGACUACCACCAGGAGGUGUCUCUCAGAGUACUCCUGGUGGACUACAUCUCCAAACAGGGCUUCAGCAUCCGGAACACCAGGGUCCACCACAUGAGUGAACGGGCCAAUGAGAACACAGUGGAGCACCACUGGACUUUCUGCCGGCUAGCUCGCAAGGUCGACGACUGACAAUUAUGAUUUGGGGUUCAUUUAUUGCUGAGUUGAAAUCAACUCCUAGUACUUACUCCCUGGCUGUAACCCUGGUCAUAAUCCUCCCUGGCUGUAACCCUGGUCAUGAUCCUCCCUGGCUGUAACCCUGGUCAUAAUCCACCCUGCUGUAACCCUGGUCAUAAUCCACCCUGGCUGUAACCCUGGUCAUAAUCCUCCCUGGCUGUAACCCUGGUCAUAAUCCUCCCUGGCUGUAACCCUGGUCAUAAUCCUCCCUGGCUGUAACCCUGGUCAUGAUCCUCCCUGGCUGUAACCCUGGUCAUAAUCCACCCUGCUGUAACCCUGGUCAUAAUCCACCCUGGCUGUAACCCUGGUCAUAAUCCUCCCUGGCUGUAACCCUGGUCAUUAUCCUCCCUGGCUGUAACCCUGGUCAUAAUCCACCCUGGCUGUAACCCUGGUCAUAAUCCACCCUGGCUGUAACCCUGGUCAUAAUCAUCCCUGGCUGUAACCCUGGUCAUAAUCCACCCUGCUGUAACCCUGGUCAUAAUCCUCCCUGGCUGUAACCCUGGUCAUAAUCCUCCCUGGCUGUAACCCUGGUCAUAAUCCACCCUGGCUGUAACCCUGGUCAUAAUCCACCCUGGCUGUAACCCUGGUCAUAAUCCACCCUGGCUGUAACCCUGGUCAUAAUCCACCCUGGCUGUAACCCUGGUCAUAAUCCACCCUGCUGUAACCCUGGUCAUAAUCCUCCCUGGCUGUAACCCUGGUCAUAAUACUCCCUGGCUGUAACCCUGGUCAUAAUCCACCCUGGCUGUAACCCUGGUCAUAAUCCACCCUGGCUGUAACCCUGGUCAUAAUCCACCCUGGCUGUAACCCUGGUCAUAAUCCUCCCUGGCUGUAACCCUGGUCAUAAUCCUCCCUGGCUGUAACCCUGGUCAUAAUCCUCCCUGGCUGUAACCCUGGUCAUAAUCCUCCCUGGCUGUAACCCUGGUCAUAAUCCUCCCUGGCUGUAACCCUGGUCAUAAUCCACCCUGGCUGUAACCCUGGUCAUAAUCCACCCUGGCUGUAACCCUGGUCAUAAUCCUCCCUGGCUGUAACCCUGGUCAUAAUCCUCCCUGGCUGUAACCCUGGUCAUAAUCCUCCCUGGCUGUAACCCUGGUCAUAAUCCUCCCUGGCUGUAACCCUGGUCAUAAUCCUCCCUGGCUGUAACCCUGGUCAUAAUCCACCCUGGCUGUAACCCUGGUCAUAAUCCACCCUGGCUGUAACCCUGGUCAUAAUCCACCCUGGCUGUAACCCUGGUCAUAAUCCUCCCUGGCUGUAACCCUGGUCAUAAUCCUCCCUGGCUGUAACCCUGGUCAUAAUCCUCCCUGGCACCCAGAACCAAAUCUCACAACUCUAUUACUUUAAACCUGAAAGGAUUUGAUAUGUUCACGGAAUAUUGUAAUUAUUCAUGUUGCUUUUUGAAGUUUUGAUAGGCAUGGUGGAAGUUUCGCCAUAUUGCUUUGGGUUGAUUUGGGAUUCAGCGUCAGUGUCUGUGGUAGUGAUAUCAAGAUGGUCCUCGAAGGCGUAGGUACUAGGGCCCAGUUGAUAACUGACUGACGUGGUACAUAUUGAUAUGAUGAUAAUUAGCAUUUAUAAAACACCUUUCAUCAGA